AUGAUCUUUCUCAUGGCGUUAGUAUUAUUUCGUAUCUAUAAGCAGAAUGGUGUCAAGGAACUUUUGAAUGCCGAAGAAAAGUAUUUGGAAAACCUUCAGCAAGCACCAUCACGCAUUCACAAUGCUCUUCGGAAUGUUGGAAAUUUUCCUUUCAUCAUUACAACCAACAUGGACGAGCUCUUAGAACGUUUCUUGUGGAAGACAGGAAAUGGUGGGGAGAAAAUACGAUUAGAUCAGGUCAGUUGUACUUGGUUUUGUCGAGUCCUCAGGUUACGCACUUAGUGUUUACUAUGUUCUCAUUCACUUGUAGUUUGCAUAUUAGUAAUCUGAUCAAUCUAUUUGGUGGUUUCUCCGGAAAGUAAUGAGUUUUUUUAUGCCGUAGACAUUCGAAAUCUAGUCCAUGUUUCCCUCAAAGAUAUAGGCCAGUUAUAGUUUGCAUACUACGAUGCAUGUCGGUGCACUGUCAUGAAAGCUGUCACGGCAGUGCUGCUUCCUAGCUCUAUCAGAUCGUAUAGUUGAGUAUCUGUUUCACCAAAAAACUAUCCAGCGACUUCUAAAACCCAGAGGUAUGUUCCGAGGAGAUCAUCGUCUAGUUUGGCCGAGAUAAGCGCGAUUUUGCUCUCUCUCGGCUUCUGUCCCCUCCUCCCUCCCCAUGUUUCUAAGUUACUGACCCCGCAUGUAUCCCGGUGAAUGUUUUUGACGGAAGGAAGUUAUUAGCGAGACCAGUUUCUCCACACUGAAUUAAAAAAUUUAAAAACUUCUCUGAAGAGCAUACAACCCAUGCUUAAUGCUUUUCUUUAGAUAUCAUGCCUUGCUCAAUCCUGGCCAGAUCUGCGUAGGCACUUGGUGGUCAAGUGCUUUGGCGAUGGCGGUUUCAAUGUCCGCAUAUUGGUAAGUUUUUCUAGCACUUGAUUGAAUUAUUGCAGUCGUUCCAUGACCUCCUCUCUUUCCUAUCGGUUAUUUUUAAAUUUUUAUAACGUCUCAUAACGAUUACAGAGCUACUCAAAUGACUUCUUUACACUUGUAAUGAGGGAUCUCACGACACCAAAUACAGCAGUGAUUUGUUCUAAGUUCGUCAUUUUCUAGCAACCAUAUUCCCAUUGCAGUGUUACCUCCUAUUAAAUAGUCUCUAUCUUGUUUUUUCUUCUUCUAGCCAAACAGUAAGAGAUACUUCGAAGAGUUUUGUGGCACUCUUGAAAGCCCGGAAGUUGAAUUUUUUCGCCAGGUUUUUAAUGACGGAUCCGUGCUGUUUCUUGGAUGUGACCCGAACCGCGAGGAAUACAAGAAAAUCUUUCAGAAGUUUGCGGUCAAUGCCAAGGUAAUAACAACACUUGAUCUAGUUGGCACGGAUCGCAAACACAUCCUAUGCACAGAAUCGGGCGCCCAUAAUUGAUCCCAGAUAGAAUGCGAUUCAUGUAAUUUUUUUACUUUAAAAAGCAUAAACCACCUUCGAAUUACGUUGUUGCGUUUAAUUUAGGUAAUCAGAUCCGGAUUUAAGGAAAAUAUUAACCAAAGAAAUCUUGCAUUCUGCCAUGGCUAUUAUACUUGGAAAACGAUGCUUUCAGUGCACCGGCUCGGAUAAUCUAACUGUUUACGAAUCCAAACCUCCAGGAAAGAGAAGCGAAAGAUUCCCAGUCUGGAUUAAGUGUGGAUACUAGGCAAUACAUUAUUUUUAUCUUUUUCGUAUUUACAGAUGAAGCAUUACAAGUUCGAGACGUCUGGCGAGUCCGACUUAGAGAAAGAUGGAAAUCUUCUCACGUUGAAGGCAAAUAUACAGCCCUGGGAAUUCGUACAGUUCUUGAGUACAGGGACCAUACAAGAAGAUAUCCAACCUGGAAAGGUAAUGAAGGGGCUGAUAGUAUUCCUUAAUAGUCCACCUUAUUGCUACUUGCUAGUGAAAGGUCGUAUAUUUUCUGUUCUCGGCGUUUAGGGCGUGGCAGGUACAUUUUACUUUACACGUGUCAUUUGUCUGUUUUUCAUUUCCAAGGUUUAUGAAAGAUCGUAUUUGCGCAUCCAGCGAGAGGAAUAUCUCCAGCAACAACUUGCAUUGGAAAAAAUGGCGUCCGAAAUAGUAUUUCACACCAUUUCUAUCACAAAUGCUCUUUCACCUGACGAGUUCUUCGAACAGGUGUCACGCCCCACCAUUCAAAGCAUAUUUAAGCAAGAUCCCUUUGGUAAGUUAACGUUUAUUAUGUGGACAUAAUUCACGCAGCACAAAAUUACGAAACCACCUCGUAGAAACUCUCGUUGAACUGUAUUUUGCGAGAAUGAUUACUUCAUUAUGCUUCCUGAUCAUUGCAGGUGUUUACUCUGAAGAGAAAGUUCAGCGGACGAUGGAUGCCAUGAAAGGAAGACGAGAUAACCUUAUUCAGGUAUUAUGUUGUGUUUCAAAUCGAAGUGCAAAUAAUUCGUCAUGCAUCACGUGUCAUUUUGCGCACGGCUCAAAAAAACGUGGUAGGAGUGCCAAAUAAUGUUUCUCGGAAAACAUGUUUUACUGAAACUUUUUUCCUGCUGUGCCAGACAAUGUUACUACCCACCGACUAGCAGUGGUUGACGCAGUUGUCAGCCAAUCAGGCUGGACUAGAACUACUUAAAUCAGUACUCGACCUCAAGAUGGAUGGACAGUCAGUUUAAUCUCUACCGAGCGUCCGUUACUCCGUAAUAGCUUGACUCAGUUUUCGCAAAAAGUUGUGGGAAAGUUAUGGUAUAGCAGCAUCUUCUCAUUCACAUGGGCUGCUGUCGGUGACUGAAACCUGCUGCGAAGUCCCGGCUUUGACCUUAGUAUGUCUACUAUCCAAUCAGGUUGCUAACUGAACUGUCUUUUUCUUGCAGCUAAUUGAUGGAUCCCGCGAAAUUAGUAUCACAGCCUUGUUCUUUUACCACGGUGUGAAAAAAGAGAUAGAAUUAUGGAAAGAGGCAGAAAAAUUACCCUCCUCGUCUGAAGAUCAAAAGAAAAAGCUGCAGAAAUGCAGAAUAUCAAUCAGUAAAUACGCAAAGGCCAUAUUACGUUGUAAAUCUUUGUUGAGGAGUAACAGUUCUUUAGAGAUUCGCAUUGUGGGUGAUCAGGGUGCGUAUAACGUGCAAGAGGUGGAAAAAGAAACGUUCGCUCUUAUUCGUCUGAAAGGUUUGUUUAACAACGCUAUAACAUUUCAUGGUUAGAAUUUCUUUCACAACAUAUUUUACACAUAUUGCAGCGAAAAAAACAUAAUCAGUAAUAUAUUCUCGGUUUUUUUUCCUUGACGGACCUUGUGGGAAAAGUGACGUUUGCUUCCCUGUGUUUGUUAGGUGGCCAAGAUGAAGCGGUUUGUUAUGCAGAAACGGCUACUUCUCCAGACGACCGAAAGUUCGCAAAUCACCUCAUAAAUAUCAACGGAGACGUAGUGUUAAACAAGCGAAAAGUCUACGAGAGAAGCCGAGCUAAUGCCUGGAAUAACGAAGAUUCUAUACUAAAGCUGGCAACUGCGAUCAUGAAAGAGAGCUCAGAGAUGAAGAAACGCUUUGGUAUUGACGCAAUUGACGUAAGCAGUAUACCAGAGGUUUUAGAGUAAAUGAACCUCACAUAAACUCACUAGAAAUUUGCUUAGUCUCGGCGCUCUUCAAUUGCAUGGAUUCUUGUAAAAUGACAACAGUUGCAUGCAACAACAACAACAGCGACAACCAACCAUUUUAUUUUUCCAACUUAAAAACAGCAUAAAUUAAAAUAGAUAAGGCAAAAGAAAAAAAUACCCAGAGUAGCAAAAAACUAAAGGAGCUGAGUAGUUACGAUGUAUAGGGUUGUGACACAAAAGAUUAAGAGAAAGAAUAUCUUAAAUUUAGAACUAAAAAACAGUAAUGAAAAAGAAAUAAAUUAAUUUAAUUAAAAUAUAAUAGAACAACAUAAAACAACAACAAACACAAACAAAUCGGUACCAGAGAAUUAUAAAGUUUACUUUAACAAUUAACUUGCUUGUUGAGUCACACAGUAUUAAAGGCUGAUUAGGUUUAUUGCCUUAGUUGUCGUUAUCACAAGACAAAUAAAUCAAUAAAUAACGCGACUAAAAAAUCAGCACCGUAUGAUAUUGUUUCCUCAUUAACAGUGUUUAAUAUGAGCGGUGCAAGGAGCCACGUCAGCCACAGGAUCAUUCAUGCAAAAUGCCAGCUUCAGUUACCAACGCGUUUUCUGCUUUUUGAGGUUAUUCGCCUACAGGAGCUUCAAAUGUUAUACGUUUUUGAAGCUUUUAAUAGGUUUGCUGUGUAUUCAAUGGAUAGGUGGACGAUUUAAAAGCCCUGGAGACGCUAACCCGUAUUAGUCAGAAGGUGCGAAGUCAACUCGAUCCAGGCUACCUCGAGCCGCUUGGUGAAGGCAGCUUUGGUCAGGUGUAUCGAGCCAAAAAGAAUGGACGACAAGUGGCUGUUAAGAUUCUGAAAGAAGUAGACAAAGAUAAAGUCAAGUACUUUGAACGAGAAGUGGACACGCUGAGGUCGGUUAAUUUGUUUAAAAUAAACGCAACGAAUUAUAUUCAUGAUUAUGAUUUUCAAUAAGGUUUUUAGGAGAGCAACAUGUAUGAUGUUGGAUGAUGUUGCUGCUAGCACAUUGCAACGUUUUGGCGAAUUCCUACUAGCAUUACUAAAUAAUUUGUUAGUUAGAAACCUCAGUUUGAGAUCUAGAUCAUGCGCACAAUUAUAAUUGAAAUCCCUUUAGCCGCUCACGUCAAAGGUAUUUAAAAAAGGGCGAUUUGCUUAUGAAAGGUUCUCCCCGGCCGCUGUUAAAUGAGUUAUGAUAUCUAAUAUUAUGCUGGUCUGCAGGGAGGCAAGGCACCCCAAAAUCGUGGAAGUGAUUGAAUGCAUCACCAUCCAGAAUCAGCUUGCAAUUGUAAUGGAAUUCAUGGCGGGAGGCAAUCUUAAAGUUUUCCUUGGUAAGGGUAAACGAGGACAGGGAAAGGAAUUUACACUCAGAUUCAUCGAAGAUAUCGGCUCAGCUGUUGAACAUCUACAUUCACAGGGUUUCACUCAUAGAGACAUCAAGCCCGAGAACAUUUUUGUAAGUAAAAGUUCGUUUGGUUUGUAUAUUUUAAAAGGACUAUUUUUAGGUUUAUUUAUUUCUGUACUAUUUAAAUAUAUUAUAUCUACAAAAUUUUUCACAAUAUGGGGAACAUAAUACAGACGUGGUCAACAAAAACUUUGUUAGCAAAUGCGGUUAUUAUCUAAAAACAUUUAGACAUGCACAGCGAUUUUUACUAGUUUCAUCCGUCGUAGAUUAUAUGAUGCUGACAUGCAUAAUCAUAGUUUUAAAAAAUGUGGCAUGGUCCAAUGCGCUCUGAGGUGUAUAGCACUCUUUUAAGUAAGCCGCCAAGAAUUACACUAAGGACUUGAUUGGGUGUUGUUAGCUUUAUACUGUGGCGUUUAAUGCUUGAUAUUUGGGCUUUGAUACAGCUAACAGCUGAUCUCACUCCUUUAAGGCUAGCUUAAACAUAGNAGCACUCUUUUAAGUAAGCCGCCAAGAAUUACACUAAGGACUUGAUUGGGUGUUGUUAGCUUUAUACUGUGGCGUUUAAUGCUUGAUAUUUGGGCUUUGAUACAGCUAACAGCUGAUCUCACUCCUUUAAGGCUAGCUUAAACAUAGAAAGUUUUUUUUCAAACGUUAAAACUUUCAUUUCCAUUGUUGUGUAAAUCAUUUAGGUGUCAGGUGUCUCAGAACCAUCCCGCUAUGACAAAAGGUAUUUUUAUAAAAAGAUCCCUUCGUCAUUAACCCUUAGACAGGAUACUGAGAAUAUGCAUAACACCAUAAAGAUUGAUAGUGAAAUCUGUUUAAGGGUAACUUUUGUUGUAUUAAGGUUAUGCUUUCCCAUAACUUCUAAGGGCCUGUUUACAUGGAGGUGGGGGACCCCAGGUGGGUGAGGUAACCCGCUUAGGUGGAGUAACCCGCCUGUCUAUACAAUCUCUCAUUUUAAUGGGAUCACGUUUACAUGUUAGGUGGGGUAACCCGCCACAUGUUACCUCACCUACCUGGGGUCUCCCACCUUCAUGUAAACAGGCCCUAAGGUUUUGGUCGUUUUAAGGGUAAAGCCACUGAGACCCUUUUAUGUCGUUGUUCCGGCCCAUAUCAUCCUUCCUGAAUGGUGAUAAAAAUACCACACCUCCACCGGGAACCGAACGUUCGCAUUUAUGGCCAUUUAUUAGCUCAGUUUGAUCAACAAGACGUUUACAAUUUAAAUGUUUUUACACAAAAGGCUAUUGCUCUUCUUGGUUGUGUGUUUGCUUGUCUUUUCAUCCAGUUGUCUGAAGAUCACAAAUUGUUAAAGCUGGGUGACUUUGGUCUGGCACGAGCAACAGAGAGUACAAGGCAAACAAAAACACUGAUUGGCUCUUGGCGUUAUAUGGCUCCAGAAGUCAUGAUUCCGGGGGGUCAUUACUCCAAGAAAGCUGAUGUUUACAGCUUUGGUGAGUUAAAUAAAGUGUUUUCAGUGCGGGUUUUAAUGGUUCCCGAUGGUUCAUCAUGUUUAAAAAUAUAUUUUCUUCACCAUUUUCACAUAGACCAUAAUGCACCUUAUUUACCCCCAAAAGUUUUGCAUAGUCAUUGUCCUCGAUUUCUCUCAGGGCUGCUGCAAUACCCAUGAGAAAAUGGAAACAAUGGUAACGCAAAAUUGAGGGAAUAACAAGGUGCAUUAUGGUUUAUGUGAAAAUGGUGAUUUAGCUUAUUUUAUUUUAUUAGGAGAGUGGAUAAGUAAAUUCGAUUACAUGAUAACCUAUCUUGUUGAGGAUGAUGCUAAAACUGAGAACGGGAAAAUGAAAAAUGGGAACAAAAAAAGAAUUGGAAAUGACGUUACUGAUAGGGUUAGGGUUCAAUUCCAUUUUUUCAUUUUCCCGUUUUAGUUCCUCCUUGUUGACUAUCAGUUCGAAUGCUCCAUAGAACACUUUUUACCCCCAAAUUUGCAUAAGAUUUUGUUCUUAAGUACUGUUGGGAAUAUGCAGCCUUUCCCAGGAGCAUUGAAAAACGAUAGUAAAUACAAAAUUUCGAGGGUAAAAAGAGUGCAUUGUGGGGGAUUCAGAAAAAAAAUGAUGGAGUAAUUUUAACGAACGUAAGGCUUAAUGCACUCUUUGUUUUAUUAUCAGGGUUGUGUUUGAUUGAAGUGCUGAGUGGUAAGAUCGUGUUUGCUGACAUCCUUGAAGAUAAAACAGUAUACGACAAGAAGAAGGCCGGAGAAAACCCAGUCAUCCCGGUAAAAUGAAACUUCUUGUCCAUACAUGGAACGCCCCUAAAUAAACAAAGAAAAGAAUUUAAGGAAAUUAACAAAGAAAAAACGACGUUUCAGGGCAUAUGGUAAUUUGUUUUGACUAAGUGUUGGGCUUUGAAAAUUGUCUAAAAUGGACUUGAAAGAACAUACAAGUAAACCUGACCUCUAAGCGUAAAAUCCUACAAAAUCCUCCUCUCUGAACAAAUUAAAUGAUUAAUUUAAAAGACAAUACUUUGACGAAUACGCCUGAGCCAACCACACACUCGUAUUCCGUUAAAAACAGAUCUGUACCAUUCAUCCCCUCAUAUUUCACUAAGAGCAAUGUUCUAAUUUAAGGUCCAUUUUAGUCCUCUUUGGACAAAAUUUGGAACAUCUACCGCGUAAUAAAAGUGAACAGGAGUGAGCCAUAAUUGGUUUUAAUUAAUUACUCCCACAUCCAAUUGAAAUCUUGAUUUAAAGUAAGAAAAGAAAAAAAAUGGUGGUGUAUUUCAACCUUGGAUUGCUACCCACCCCCCACCCCCCUCCCCAAAAAAAUAAUAAAAACAACAACAACAACAACAACAAUAAUAAUAAUAAUAAUAAUAAUAAUAAUAAUAAUAAUAAUAGAAAAGAUAAAAAGAGAACUUCGGCAAAAAUAUGACACAGUUUUCUCACUCAAUCAAUGUCACUUGUUGUCAGAAAAUUAACCUGGAAGAGUUCGGAGAAGAACUGGCAGCAAAGCUAAGGACUAUUGUCGAGGAAUGUCUUAAGCCCGGAAGUCAUCGACCGGAAAUGAAGCUCGUUCUUAGUAUAUUACGGGGAGAAGUUACAUCAAACAGGAAUAAAGUGGAGCUGUACUGCGUAGGGACUGGUACAGGCACAACAGGUAACCUUAUGAGUACAAAGUCAAUUAUUGCGUAG